UGAUUACGUCGGAGAGAGACGCUCUUGUCCACUUGUCAUUUGUUUUCGCUCUUUAACACCAAACUUUACCUCUCUGCAAUUUGCAAUCUGACAGAGAGAGAGAGGUAUGGAAGAGGAGCAAUUGGACUAUGUGCUGGUACCAUUGGGUCUAUUGGUGUUUGGAUUAUACAACGUUUGGCUUUUGUUCACUGUCCUCCGCUCUCCCAGACGAACCGUCAUUGGUAUCAAUGCUGAAACUCGCCACCAAUGGGUCUUCUCCAUGAUGAGUGACCCCUUGAAGAAUGGUGUUUUGUCAGUUCAAACAAUUCGCAACAAUAUAAUGGCAUCUACACUGUUGGCAACAACAGCAAUUACUCUCAGUUCACUAAUCAGUGUUUUUGUGAGUAGCACAUCAAAGUCUGGUGACACAUCCUCGCAAUUGUUUUAUGGCAACAAGACUUCCAUUCUAUCUUCAAUCAAGUACUUUUCUAUCUUGAUUUGCUUCCUUGUUGCCUUCCUUUGCAAUGUGCAGUCUAUUAGAUAUUAUGCCCAUGUUAGCUUCCUGGUCACUGUGCCUACAUGGAAAGACAAUAAUCCGUCUAUUGAAUAUGUUGCAAGAAACUUGAAUCGAGGAAGCUUCUUUUGGUCCCUGGGACUGCGAGCAUUCUAUAUGUCAUUCCCUCUCUUCCUAUGGAUUUUUGGGCCCAUUCCCAUGUUUACUUGUUGUUGCAUAAUGACAUUUAUUCUCUAUUUCUUGGACACCACUACCAGUUUUACACGGCAUCUUCACAAUAACUCAAGCAAACAGAAUACUGAUGAUGUGGAAUCAGCUGGUCAAUCAUCGUUAACUGCUGUUGAAACUACAUAAUUCUGUUAAAAGUGGUCAAAUAUAUAUUUGUUAAACUUGAAUAGAACAAUGCCAUGUAUGUGUAUAGAAUUAAGUGCCAUCCUUACUACAUUGGCAGGCAUAGUAGCAUAUGUUUUUCAGUCAAUUCAAAUAGCCCUGCUUGCCAGAAUGGUUUCUUUGAAGGGAUCUUUGUUUUUUUUGCUCAGAUUGAAUUGAAGGAAUCAUGUUAUUUCAUAAAGAAAAUAUCCAGUUUGAUGACUUCCGCAGUUCCGCCUUAACUGUCCAUCAGCCCAGUUAUCUGAUUGUUGGGCUGCAUAUGUUCCAAAGAACAAUCACUGAUCUCAUUAAACUUGGAGGUGAGAACUGCAACUAUUUUCAUAGUCAUCUAUGUAAUCAUUGCCCAAGCAUGGAUCAAACCUACAGUGCGUUUGGUUUGUGUCAGUCAAUAUGCCCAAGUGGUGCAAUUCAAUGUUUUAUUGGAAAAGAAGCACUUCUGCACUUAUUAAAUAAUUAAAAAUGUAUGGAAAUGAUUCUGAUUUGAAUUGUUUGAAAAGCACCUUUUAUUUUGGAUAGGUUGAAAUGAAGCAUUUGUUAAA